UGCUGCUUCUGCUCGUUAGCAACGCAACUACCUUUACGCGCAGAUAGAACAACGUGACGGGCGGUACUUGGACAUUAAAUUAACUCGUUGAAUAGUAUUUGUCAAUGAUGCAACUCUUUCAGUUGGCAGUGGACUGCAAUAGGUAGGCGCUCACAUGAGGUGCUGGAUUGUUCUUGUUUUAUUGUUAACAACUGCGAUGUACCGUGAGUAAAGUAUUCUACCGCUUUAUUUUUUAAAGUCGUUUUCUGCAUUGAUCGAUGUUGACUCAAAACAAUCUAAUGAAUCGAUAGGUUUGAUUUGUAAACGAGUAUUUCAAGUAUAACACCGUACAUUUAAAUCUAAAUUGAUGACCUAACUACAUCAGGACAGGUAUAAAAUACUGAAAUGAAAACAUACAAAUACGACAAUAACUAAUAAGAAAAAACAUCCAAGCAUUUUAGCCAUUGAGAUAAAUACUUUGACAGUAUUUAAAUAAAAUAUACAAACUACUGACAAAACAGAAGUAAUACUUGAAUUAGUAAGUAUUGUACCUUUUUGUUAUUAAUUCAUUCUAUCGGAAUUCGUAACUGAUGAGACAUCGAUACGAAUAAAAUUGUAUAUCGCAUCUGAGAACGCUGUACAACACACAAGAGCAAAACAAAAUAAUACACCCAUCUAAAUACGUACAAAAUAGUAACCAAUGAUUCGCAGAGAAAAUGACGAGUGCUUAACGUAGCAAGCCUUUUACGGUACCUCGCAAAGUCUCAGCUAAAAAUCACCAUCCACGUGAAUACAUCAGUCAACAACAGCAACAGGUGGACACAACGACCAAUACGCACUGCUCAAGACAAGAUGACGGAGCGACCAUACGACGCAUACCUAUGCUGCAGCAGAGAGGACGACGAAUGGGCCGAGCGAGUGACUCAGUACAUGGAGGCGGCCCCAAACAACUUGCGCGUGUGCCUGAGCAGUCGCGACUUCGUCCCGGGCAUGGCCAUCGUUGACAACGUCUGCAACGCGGUGCAAAGCUCCCACCUGAUCCUGCUGGUCCUCUCGCUCGGGUUCCUGGAGAGCGGCUGGUGCGAUCUGGAGACCAUCUUGGCGCUCACCAACUCGGCGCAAGCCACGUGCGUGCUGGAGAGGAACAGGCGCGUCGUUCCCGUGCUCCUCGAGCCGUGCAACGUCCCCGAGCGGCUGGGCUUCCUCACGAGGCUCGAUGCUCGCGAGCCCGACUUCCUGGCUCGCCUCGUGGCGCUGGUGCAGCGGCGUGUGCCAUUGAUGGACGCGGACUGCAGGAGGCCCAGCCUGGAGCCCGCUCCCACGUCCGUGCCGGAGGCCCGGGUGCAGGAGCAGGACUACUUCGACGUACAGAACCACCACAGUGAUGUAAAAGAAGAGACCGAGUUGCAGUCUUGCCAGAACUGCCAGGAGUGGCAGCUGAAAUGCAACGCUCUGGAAAAUGAGAUCGCCAAGCUGGAAGCUAAAAACGGGCGACUUGUCCUGCAGAACCUGCCGCCAAGUCCAAUCUCGGGAGUUCACAGCGAACAACCUCUGCCACUGGUGUCUUUUAAUCAGGCCUCGGUGAAGUUGUUGUCAGUGGCAGCUGCGAUGGGGAUGGUGCCCUCAAUUGUGUCAUCCGGUCGAUUCAGUUUUCUGACAUGGAUGUGUUCAGGAGAGUCGUUGUGUCUGAUGUCACAGGGGAUCUUGCUCAGCACAAGACUGUUGACUCGUGUCAUGUGCAAAACGCAGCCAGGUCUGGUUUUUGAGUGACACAAAAAUGACUGUUUUGAUGACCUCCGGUAUAAAUAAUAAUAAGUGCAUAUUUCUAAAUAAAUAUUCAGAUUUUGACCUUGACGGUAACGAUGGGGUGUUUUGUAAACUUGAGCCAUUUCAUCGCUGUAAUUUCAUUACAAGAACACAAAUUAUACUUAUUUUCCAGUGGCAUUUGAGCCAAGCGAGCGAGGGGCGCUCACGGUCGUGAGUGGGUUUACACUGGAUAUUUGUCGCGCCGAAACAAAACCACACUACGCUCGCCUCACAAGACUCAUGAAUAUGGCUUUGGGCCAAGUAGGGCCAGUGGUGGAGGCAAAUAACAUCAUGUUACAGUACAGUACAUCUCUAACACAGCACGACGGCAUGGGUCUUAUUCUGCAGUGGAAAUGCAACCUGGCCCGGCUCAGCACGGUCCCAGCAUGGCACUGUUGGGUAGUAGAAAAUAGGUAUUAUUACCUCCACGACAAGUAACUGAAUAAAAAACGAUUUAAGCAUUUGUUUGAACCAGGUAAGGCUCACCAAGCUAUAUAUAAGAACUCUGUCUUGACAGACCUGUUCUCCACCUGAGGACGGCUGCUUGCAUUGUGGCCGAAACGUCGUGAGAAUUAUUUUAUUAUGUUUUAUUUUUAUUAUUUUAUUAUUUCCAUUCUACGUGACUUUACCGUAAGAGCCAAGAAGAAUGAUAUUUAUUUUGAAUCAAUAAGUCAGUGUCUCUCUGCUCAAAAACAAUCAUUGAGGCAACGUUCACCUCCGCUGAUGCCCACUCCACAUUACAAUCGCGCUGCCCAGUCUCAGUAAAGGGCAAUCACUACUGGCUUCUGACAAAGUGGUACGGCAUUUUAUUGACCCUGUAGGUCCGGAGUCAAACCCCAAACCAGGUUUUGCACUCAUCAACUUCUAGAGCAUAUUCUUUGGCUCUUUCGGUAAAGUCACGUAGAUAGGUUCAAAGAAAAGAACAAAAAAACUACGACGUUUCGAUCGCAACACAAGCGUUCGUCACCAGGAAGAGGGGGUUAGAUUUUCUAAAGGUAAACUGUUACUGGUAGCAACGAAGUGAACCAGCCUACAAGAGAUUAUAUCGUCCGUCCGUCCGUGUAGCAACAUCGCCCCCUACUGCAAACACUUGGCAGGACCCUACAAAAACCUUUAGACUCAGUGACGCUUUCCUGGCUAAACAAGUGUAAUAAUACAUUAUGUUUAUAUUCUUUGGUUAUUCGUUCCUGCCAGCCCACCCCGCAGGGACCUGUUUAUAAAGGUUUGAAAUGGGCGUCGCCCAAAUGUCAGCAGCCAAUGUUAGUGAGAGUGGUGGGCAGCGACCGUGACGGUGGUGGGUUUCCCAGCCCCUUGAUUGGUGAGACAUCCACUGUAGGUAUGUGUUUGAGGCCACAUGAGUCGUGUGUGUGUGUGAUUCAGGGAGUGAGACGCGAACGUGUAUCUGUCAAUCCAUACGGGCCAUCAAUCCACGCUCUUUCGUUCUUUCGGUAAAGUCACGUGGGUCGAAAUAGAAUAAAACAAAUCACGACGUUUCGAUCGCAACAGAAGCAAUCUUCAUCAGGUGGAACAACAAAGUACGACUUUGCCUCAUAACAACAAUAAAAUGCUGAAGUGUUCAGCAUCUUAGCAUUUCAGCAUUUUAUUGCUGUGGUUGUUCCACCUGAUGAAGGUUGCUUGUGUUGCGAUCGAAACGUCGUGAUUUGUUUCAUUUCUACCCACGUGACUUUAGCGAAAGAACCGAAGAGUAAGGGUCACCACGAUUCUUGGUCCAGGGAAAUUGAGCUUUUGGGUCCGUACGGCGUACAGCCGUCUCGAGACGGGCAAACACAUGUUUUUGUCUAUUUGUUUGUAGUUUCUACCUUGUGAUGGGACUUUGUAGGAUAAACGUUGAGAUUUACAAGGGCACGGAGUGACCGAUAGGGUCUAAAUUGGUGUGUAAUAAGCUAGGGCACUGAUGAGGGGUUGACGGGGAUGCGAGCGAAUAUGCGUGGAACGAUCCAUUGAUGCCUGGAGUGUUUUAUAUUUGUACGUUUUUAUCAAAAUGAUGUUAUAUAAUGGCUCGGUUGCGUUCUGUUAACUUGUUUUCUACCCUGUAUACUGUAUCUUGUUUUAAUAAAUAAUAUAAAACAGAAUCGAUUCGUAAAUAAAAGUACGACCUUGCCUCGUAACAACGCUUACAACAAAUAGCCCCCGACUUUCGGGAAUGUUUUAUGUUCUAAUCUUUGUACUUUGCGUCCACUAAGAAUAAAGAACGCUUACAAGUUA